GGAGGGAUUAUUUGGAUUUGGAUCAACGGGGACGGGUGCUGAACCUAACUAUACCCCCUGACCCCCUCGCUCCUGGAUCCUCUUCCUCCUCGGCCGAGCGCCGCCACCCAUCCCGCUGCCGAGCGCCCAUCGUCUUCCUCCUCGCGCGAGCGCCUCCACCGCAGGUUGAUCUCCCCUUCGAUUCUCUCGCUCCCGACCGUUUCUCCUCCCAUCACCCCACGAACGGAUUCUGCCCUUUAGCUCCCCGUUUCAUAAUCUUCCCCAAUCCGUAACUGAGGCAAAAAUCAAGGUAGGGCGGCCGCCCUACCUUGCCCUACCGGGUCUUCCGCCCGUGAUGCGGAUGGGUGCUGCGCAGACAGGUGGUCACUUCCCUGUGCCGCACAAGUCCCUCUCCUUGGAUAUCAAGGGAAACAAGACUGAAAUUGUUAUCAGCAAAUAUGAAGAUAUCUUUCUGGUGAUCGUGUCACAGAUUGGAUGCAUGGGAACCAUAUUAGCUGCUAAGAAAGAUGAAAGUGUUUUCUCUGAUCCAACUUACAAUGUAUCUGUUCUUUUUGGAAAGAGAGACGAGGCAUUCCUACUAGCUUGUGCGCGGCAACUUAUUGAACAUAUAAGUAGUAGUGGCUCAGCUCGACCUUUGGUGAUCUCUCUUGGUUUGAAGGAUCAUUCCCAGGGAGCACUGAAAGAUGUAAUUUCUGCCAUCAUUGAGAACCGCCUAUGGUGAUAACAGAUAUGUUCAGUUCAUCUACAGGGAUGUUGACAUACAUACAGUUUCAGAGAAACAUAAGCUAUCCCUUAUCAUGUAUGAACCUCUCGAAAAUUAUCAUGAGGUGACCUCUCCACUAAGUUAUUCAGCUAUCAAUAUUACCCUAACGUGAGGUUCUGACGUGCCUAAUAAUCUCUGUGUCACUUAGUGCCUAUAGGUAAUUUUUCUAAAGAAGGCUAUCUUACUAAUU